AUGCCCCAUCUGUUCCUCCCUCUACGCCCUGGAAAAUAUGCUCUGGGCAUGAUGGUCCAAUCGGACAACUUUUGGGCAGAUCUCAAUGCCUGGACGUAUUUGAUAGGAGGUUUCUCAUUCAUUAUCGGCAGUGUAUUCUUCCUACCCAAAUACGAAGAGUUGGCCAACGUUGGAAGUUGGAUCUUUUUUGUGGCUUCCAUCUUUUAUCUCUUGGUGGCACUCCACGACGCGGCGGAAUUGGCCCAACACCACGGCGGGCGUCUCGAACUCAAUAUCGACUCUGCCGCGGCUCUCAACUACAUUAUCGGCUCUAUUGUGUUCAUUUUGGGGAGUGUCUUUUUCCUCCCCGACGUGGGACUGUAUACCCCAGGGGCGUACUGUUUCAUUAUUGGCUCGCUCUGCUUCCUAGUCGGCGCCGUCCUGAAUGGCCUUCAGAUUUUCGAAGCCAAGACCAAACGAGACGCGCAAUACUUGCUCCUCAUUGCCAUGUCCUAUAUCAUUGGUUCCGUCAUGUUCCUCAUUCCCUCCGUGCCGUAUCUUUUCGAAUUUGAUACCAUCUCGGACGAAGACGAGAUCUACACCUUUCUGGCAGCAAUCUACAUUGUGGGGUCCUUGAUGUUUACAGUGGGGGGUGCCAUCAACUUUCACAGAUCCAAGGCAUUUCAAGAACUACAAAAAAGACUGGGGGUAGAAAACGACGCGGAGGAAAAUGAGGGGCAAGACGAAACUCCAGAACAGCCGCUCUUUCUCCUCACCACUGAAGAACCCAAAUCACCACCACCCAUGGAAAGCAUCACGACGCAAGUCACGGCAUGA